UUGGAAGCACAAAAAGAAAAUAAAUUAAUUAUCUUACAAGAUUUGAUAGAACAUUGUUCGAAAUUCAUAACACUUCCAAAACAUUUUAAUGAAUUGAUGAAUAAUCAUUAUAUAAAAAAAAAAGAUUUUUAUAGAGCAACAAAAAACUUCAAAAAUUUUCUUACUAAUUUUACAUUAUCUAUAUCAGAAUUAGAGAAAUUACAUCAGCAAUAUGAUGAUAUUUUAAAUAAUUAUCAACAAAGUAGAUGUAUAUUAGACUUGGAAUUACCAAAAGUAAUAAACAUACGUUUAAUGGCUCUUUGUGAUGGUUUUGAAAAGAUUAAGAAAUAUUAUAAUAAUACAGAUGAUGAUAAUAAAAUUGUAAUAUUAUUUAAAUCAAUUGGAGAAAAACUUCAUAAAAAUGAUACAAAUACAGUAACAAUUUCCCAUGAUGAAGAUUCACCCAAACCUAAAUUAUGCCAAAAAUGUAAAAUAAAUUAUGUUACUGAUGAUGAACAAUGCUGAAAUAAACCAGAAAAUAACAUUGGCCUUGAUAGUAUAGCAACUGUUUUAUCCUUAGUUUAAGAAAAUAGAAAACACAAAUAAUACAUUUCAUGAAACCUUACAUAUAUACUAAUCCUAUUAUAAAUGAUUAUAGGUUUAACCAUGCUACUAAAA